AUGCACGUGUGCGGUUUGAUUCUGACAUUCGUACUCGUACAAUCGAGUGAUCGGCUGCAAUUUUUUUUUAUCAAAAAUUUGGAUAUUAGAAUUUCUGAUACUACCAAAGUGGACGUUUUGAGAAAGUGUUACGAGGUUACGUGUUCUCUUCGGGAAUAUGUUGAACUUCAUCUGCAAGAAUUCAGCGCUAGUGAAGCUUUGGAAAGCUUUAUGAAUUCAAGCAUGGUGACUUGUAAUGCCGACACGAACAUGCGCCUCGAUGGAGCUUUCACGACCAACAAAGCAAGCACGAUGGACGAGCUACUGGAGUUCGUUAUAACUCGAGCCGCCGCCAAAGGCGAAAUGCGAGACAACGUGUUGUCUUUGGGAUAUAGACGAAGCCAAAUUCGACCGGCAGUGAUGGGAUCGCAAACAAGUGGCUAUGAAAACAACAUGGUCGCUCAUGUUCAGUCGCCUGUCUUUGAGGAGCUACAUGGAAUGAUCGGGAGCGAUUUAAUGGUCCAUUUAUUAAAGGACCUUAGCUUGUUUGUGAAGACAGGCUCGUGUUAUUUACAAGUAGCGGGAUGUCCCGUAAAUGAAGUUGGUUUGAAGCAGGAUACGGCGACGAAAGCGGAUGGCCAAAACGGUUAG